AGCUCGAAGCUAGUAGCUGCUGCCAUGGUAGUAGCACUGAGGCUGGGACACUUGUGCUGCGCGGUUGUGCUUGCGUUGUCCAUCUCUUGGUGCAGAGGACAAGGAGGAGGAGGAGGAGGUGCUGCUGGUGCAGGUGGUGCUGGUGCAGCAGGGGGCGCGGCAGGUGGUGCUGUGGUUCCAGGGACACAGGAUGCCAUCCAGAUCGUGUCACAGGCUGCUCUCUGCUUUGACAAUAGACAGGUGAUAAACGGGUGCCUCCAAGCAAUGGGCAACAAUGUCAACAGCAACGGCAACGGUGGCAGUAGCAAUGGCAGUGGCGGCGGCGGCAGCAGCAACAGCAACAGCGGGUCAACGGCAAGCAUGUGCCAAGGGCCGUGCUUCGGGCAGAUGAUGCUGAUGAUGAACUGCGUGAACGGCAUCCUAGGCAACAUCCAGGGCUACAGCCCCGGCCUCAUGCAGGGCGUCCAGGCCGUCUUCCAAAUGUCGUGCGGCAAUGUUGGCAACAGCCAGCAGGGUGGCGGUGCUAGUGGAGGUGCCGCCGCCGGUGGUGCUGCUGCUGGAGGUGCCGGAGGUACUAGUGGAUCGUCUAGUAGUGGGGGUGCCGCCGCUGCCGGCGGUGGAGCUAAUGGCGGAGGUGCCAGUGGUGCUGGUGGUGUCACUGGCAGCGCCGGCAAUGCUGUUGGUGCCAGCGGGGGCAACAAUAUGGCCAACGGUGUCACUACGGCUGGCGGUACCACGAGUCCUAACGGAGGCUCACACGUGGCGGUAAGCGAUCUUGAUGAGCCAAUAACCAGCAGCGCAAACGGCCCCAUGGGCAGCAGGCUUCCCUCGAUGUCGAUGCUGAGGACUUGGACGUGUAUUUGGCUACUGCGCCUGCUGUGGCUCUGACGAAACUGGAUUAGAGAUAAGAACGUUGUAAACAUUGAGAGCAGCAGCUAUUCGUUUCUUUCGCUUGGAAGCGUACUAGCAGUAGUUUUAAUUUUACCAUCAGCAAAGAUUUUACGUGAAGCGUGUGCGACUUUAAAAGUACACAUCGGCAAGCAAUUCGCAACGUUUGCUUCAAUAUAAUCUUAGCUACAUCCUUCGUUAUCAUUUCUAUUUCUAUAUUAUUAAAGCAGCAAGAAAACGCGGCCAAAGAGCCUAU